GUCCCGACUCGGAGAGCGGCGCUCGUCACGUGACGCCAGCUGCGUCAUUUUUUAUCGCAGGGAUGACGUCACCGGGCCGGCUCAGCUGUGUGACCCGGGCUUCCUGAGGCUUUGCUGUCAUGGCGUUGUGUACGGUGUGAGGGCGCAGUGUCUGCAAUGCUGGAGUUGGUGGACCUGGGCCCAACCCCUAAUGGCCUGAAGAAUGAAGAUCUCCUGUAUUGGGGGGACUAAGAUGUGUUUCGUGCUCUCUGUGUCUGUAUGUGUUGUGUUCUUCCUCUUUAUGCCAUGGAUAAGGUACGGGUCCCUGACACCUCAGCCGCUCCUGGCCUGUAACCUCACCUGCAGCAACAGGUACUUUGUGUCUCAGCUGGAAGUAGUCAGACUGUCCCCCCAUGGCCACAACCAAAGCCAUCGUCUCCAGGGAUGGAAGAAGUACAGUACCGGAAGUGGCCGGAAAGACGUCCGUCAUGUAAAGGAACGUCUACAGAUUGGAGAUGUAUUUAUUGCAGUAAAGACCACAAGGAAAUAUCACAGAAGUCGCUUAGACCUCCUCCUGCAAACUUGGAUCUCCGAAGCUAAGGAGCAGACCUUCAUAUUUACGGAUUGGGAAGACCAAGAACUGCGGCAGAAAGUGGGGAACCAGAUGGUGAACACCAACUGUACUGCAGUUCACACUCGCCAAGCUCUUUGUUGUAAGAUGUCGGUGGAGUACGACAAGUUUGUUUUGUCAUCCAAAAAGUGGUUCUGUCACUUGGAUGAUGACAAUUAUCUGAACCUGAGAGCCCUGCUAAACCUUCUGUCUGCGUUCCCUCACAAUGCUGACAUCUACGUGGGACGGCCGAGUCUAGAUCAUCCUGUAGAGACCCUGGACAGAGUGAAAGGAGAUGGUUCAGCAUCAUUGAAGUUUUGGUUUGCUACUGGAGGUGCUGGCUUCUGUAUUAGCCGAGGACUUGCCCUGAAGAUGAGUCCCUGGGCUAGUAUGGGGAACUUCAUCAGCACAGCGGAGAAGGUCCGUCUACCGGAUGACUGCACUAUCGGCUACAUCAUUGAGGGGCUGCUGGAAGUGAAACUGCAGCACAGUAACCUGUUCCAUUCACACCUAGAAAACCUUCAGCGGCUUCCACAUAACUCUUUGCUUCAGCAGGUGACUCUCAGUUAUGGUGGUCCUGAAAACAGGAGGAAUGUUGUGCGAGUAUCUGGGUCCUUCAACCUGGAACAAGAUCCCACUCGGUUCAAAUCGGUCCAUUGUCUGUUAUAUCCAGACACAAGCUGGUGUUCUCACAAGAAGCCUUCAUCUUGAAGUGAUCCCCAGCCUGGACUCCUAUGUCUUCCACUUCAUUAAAGGGGUACUCCGCCCCUAGACAUCUUAUCCCCUAUCCAAAGAAUAGUGGAUAAGAUGUCUGAUCGCGGUCUCCCCCCCCUUCUGCACCCGGCAUUCGUUUAGAGCAUCAGGUGCAGCGCCGGAGGCUUGUGAUGUCACAACCACGCCCCCUCCCAUAGACUUGCAUUGAGGGGGCAUGGCCGUGAGGUCACAAGCCUCCGUCCCACAUCGCCAGUCAUCCAGCACAGAGUGCCGCAGCCGAGAUCGCAUUGGGACCCGCAAUCAGACAUCUUAUCCCCUAUCCUUUGGAGUGCCCCUUUAACUUCUGUACUAUGUUGGCCCACAGUCCUAGGAAAGAGCAGGCUCCUUCCCAUUUUCUACUUUGCUAAACAGUCUCUUAUGUUCACCGGGUGUGUGGCUGAGUGUUCUCUGUUGCUCCCUUUUAUCAGCCAUUUCAGACAGCCAUGUUCUGUAAUGUUUGUUUUUUUUAUUAUCUCAGGUUAUCGAAAAUAUUACCGUCUUGUAAUGUCAGAAAUCCUUUUCCCUUGUUACUGCCAAAUAUUAGAGCUUUAAUGAGUAAUGGAUAAAAGCAGAUCUUUGCACUGGUCUUUGAUCUGGCUCGUAUAGGAUGUAUUGUGAGCAUAUUCCCUAGAGGGGUUUUCAUAAGAGACCUCUGAUCAGCUGUUAAAGGGGUACUCCGCUCUAAACAUCUUAUCCUCUAUCCAAAGGAUAGGGGAUAAGAUGUUGGAUCACGGGGGAUCUUGCCAUUCGGUGCACGGAAUGAACUCCACUCCGUGCCCAAUGACUGGCGAUGCCAGCCGCCACGCCCUCUCCAUUUAAGUCUAUGGGAGAAGGCGUGAUGGCUAUGUACUAGCUGUCAUGCCCCCUCCCAUAGACAUGAAUGGAGGGGACGUGGUGUGAUGUCACGAACGUGGAAACUGCAAGCUUCUGUGUUCUGGGCACCGCCGCUGUUGGCCCGGAGAUCACUGGGGUCUCCAGCAGCGGGACCCCCACAAACUAACAUCUUAUCUCCCAUCCUUUUGAUGGGGGAUAAGAUGUUUAGAGCAGAGUUCCCCUUUAAUGUUCCCAAAUAAAAUCCUCCAUGUUAAAGGGGUAUUUCAGUAAAAAACUUUUUUUUAUGUAUCAACUGGCUCCAGGAAGUUAAACAGAUUUGUAAAUUACUUCUAUUAAAAAAUGUUAAUCCUUCCAAUAAUUAUCAGCUGCUGAAGUUGAGUUGUUGUUUUUUGUCUGGCAACAGUGCUCUCUGCUGACAUCUCUGCUUGGUCUUGGAAAUUGCACAGCGCAGAAGAGGUUUGCUGUGGAAAUUUGCUUCUACUCUCUGGACAGUUCCCGAGACAUGUGUCAUCAGAGAGCACUUAGACAGAAAAGAACAACUCAACUUCAGCAGCUCAUAAGUACUGGAAGGAUUAAGAUUUUUUAAUAGAAGUAAUUUACAAAUCUGUUUAUCUUUCUGAAGCCAGUUGAUCUAUAUACAUUUUUUUUUUCCUGGAAUACCCCUUUAAAUGGUUUUCCAAUUAUUGUGUUUUCUGAUGUGUCCUAUAUCACAAGUAGCUGGAGGUCCAGCCUCACAUCCUCAGAAGCAGCAGCUAUAGUCCCAAAUGGUGAAUAAAAGCUGCCCCCCCCCCAGUCAUACUUUCUGUAACUCCAGUCCAUUUUUAUUUCCUCUCAGUACAAUAUACUUGAUGUCAUUUUGUCAAUAAUGUAAUUUAUUGAAUCUAAUCAUCUGUACAGCAUUUAUUGUAAAUAAAAAUGUAUUUUUUCCCUUUUGUCAGAAGUUUCAUUAUUUUCUUUGCAAUGUCAGUAAGAAGAGAUCAACACCCUCCACAUAUUAUAGCCAACACUGCUGUAGGUGCUUCAUGUCCAGCUGUGGUCUCAUACCAGUGGCUCUUUAAGCUGGCCAUUCACAUCGCAUUUAAAGGGGUACUCCGAUGGAAAACUUAAUUUUUUUAAAUCAACUGGUGCCAGAAAGUUAAACAGAUUUGUAAAUUACUUCUAUUAUAAAAUCUAAAUCCUUCCAGUACUUCUUAGCGGCUGUAUACUACAGAGGAAAUGCUUUUCUUUUUGGAUUUCUCUCCUGUCACGACCACAGUGCUCUCUGCUGUCCAUUUUAGGAACUGUCCAGGGCAGCAUAUGUUUGCUAUGGGGUAGUUUGUCUCCCAGAUCAAAUAUGGGCAGAAGGUACAUUGGUGGCUUUUUCGAAAGUAGAAAAAAGUGUAUUUUUUUUUCUCUCUCCUAGAAACAGAACGAUUUUUUUUUUCCAUGAGUUGUCUAGUAUUGCAGCUGUGCACUCUCCAAUAAACAAUCAAUGUAUUAGAAACAAGUUUCUAAU